UCGGAAAGAUCUACACCAAGGAGCUCAACCCCCGCACCACCGCCAUCCUCGCGGUUGCGAAGGCCAACGGGCUGGACUUGGACAUCGUUGAGGUUGACACAACCAACCCGACUCCCGAGUUCCUUAAGGUGAACCCUGUUAGCAAGGUUCCCGCCUUCGUCGGCAGCGAUGGAUACGUCCUGACCGAGUGCAUGGCUAUCGCCAUCUACAUCACUUCCCAGAACGAGAAGACCACUCUCCUCGGAAAAACCAAGCAAGACUAUGCUUCUAUCCUGAAGUGGCUGUCGUUCUUCAACACCGAGGUUCUCCCUAAGCUCGGUGCUUGGUACCGCCCUCUCCUGGGCUGGGACCAGUACAACAAGAAGGCUGUUGACGAGGCCGCCAAGGGUGCCGCUAAGGUAGUUGAUGUUGUUGAGGAGCACCUUCUCCACAACACCUACUUGGUUGGCGAGCGCAUCACCCUCGCUGAUCUAUUUGCUGCUGGUAUUAUCUCUCGCGGCUUCCAGUUUUUCUACGACAAGCAGUGGCGUGCUGAGCACCCCAAUGUCGCUCGAUGGUACGAGACUGUCUACAACCAGCCCAUCUACAGCGAUGUCGCCAAGCCUUUUGAGCUUCUCGACACCCCCAAGUUGACCAACGUCGCCCCCAAGAAGGCUGAACAGCCCAAGGCUCCUAAGGCUCCCAAGGCGGCCCCCCAGCCCGCUGCCCCUGCCGAGGAGGAGGCUCCUAAACCCAAGCACCCCAUCGAUCUGCUGCCGCGAUCUGAGUUCCCUCUUGACGAGUGGAAACGUUACUACUCGAACCAUGAUGAGGAUGUCUCUAUCAAGUGGUUCUUCGAGAACGUUCCCUUCAAGGACUACUCUAUCUGGAGGGUCAAGUACAAGUACAAUGACGAGUUAACCUUGACUUUCAUGUCCAACAACCUUAUCGGUGGUUUCAACACUCGUCUCGAGGGUUCUCGCAAGUACUUGUUCGGCUGCGCCUCCGUAUAUGGCGAGAACAACGACUCGGUUAUCGAGGGUGCCUUCGUUAUCCGAGGUGACGAAUACAUCCCCGUCUUCGACGUAGCUCCCGACUAUGAGAGCUACGAGUUCACUAAGCUGGACCCCACCAACGAAGAGGACAAGGCUUUUGUUCAGUCCAUGUGGACAUGGGACAAGCCCGUUGUUCACAACGGCAAGGAGUACAAGCACUCCGCUGGCAAGGUUUUCAAAUAGGCUAUCGAGAUGCGGCUUUUUGAUACCAAAUAAUUACGAGGUGACGACAUCAUGCAAAUGGAGGGUAGGCUUUUCGGGACAAUGAAUACCACGUUAGUGACGGCCACACUCGUAUAUAGCAGUCUAGAAUCCUAUUUGGAAUCUUAAUAAUGCUAUUAGUCAACUAAUGCUCGUUCUUUGUUAAAGUGCAAUGCGUUGCUAAAGUAUCACUAAAUAAAGAGGGUGACAAAUAUAUACCUUCCUUUUAUUAGAUAAACAAAAGAUUGUCUAGG